ACGGUUGUAUGAAGGGACUGUGUGCUCCCCAGCUGAUCCAUCUCGACAGUAAAAGGUACCGUCCACCUGACUGCUAGUAAAAUAAAACCUUUCUGUCGCUACAGUCCGCUGUAGUGGUUGAACCAGACGGAGCUGCUGUGUGUGUGAGUGAGUGGAGACAGUAGAGACGGAUCAUGAGCAAAGACUCCCAGAUGAGAGCUGCUAUCAACCACAAACUGAUCGAGAUGGGCGAACGGGAGCGGUUGAAGGAGUUGCUCCGGGCAAAGCUGGUGGAGUGUGGAUGGAAGGAUCAGCUGAAGGCACAAUGCAAAGAUGUGAUCAAAGAAAAGGGUCUGGAGCAUGUCACAGUGGAGGACCUGGUCACAGAAGUCACACCUAAAGGCAGAGCGCUCGUACCGGACAGCGUGAAGAAGGAGCUCCUGCAGAGAAUCCGAGCUUUUCUAGCUCAACACGCAACCUUGUGAAUGAGGCGGCUCCCGUCUAGACAUUUUUUUACUCACCAUAGAUCCACAAUUAAAAUCCAAACUGAUGUUUGUUCUCAUUGUGAGCGAUGCUGAAGUGUUAUUUUUAUUUUGUAUCAUGCGUUUUCAUAUUGAUUUUAGUUUGUUAUGCAGCAGUUUUGGAAAAAAAAAUAAAAUCAUGCCUAUUUUGGUCACUGGGUGGUUCUGACCUUUU